UAAGUACAUGCAUGCAUAUAGUAUAGCAAUUUACUAUAGCUAAAUGAAGUACUAUAUAUACAUAUUUAUAUGAAAAAGGGAAGCUUAAUUUCAUUCUGAGUGUUUUAUAUUAUAUAUACUUACAUAUAUCAUACGUACAUACUUAAAGUAUUGGAUCUGAUACUUCAAAAUAAUACGUUUUUAUAAAAUAAUAAAAAAAUGUGUACAAAAGUAUUGUGAAGAAUCUUAUUUGUAAGAGUCUUAAAAUUUAUUACCGGUAUGAGGUUAUAAACAUAACCUGAAAUUAAAAAAUUUAAAGUAUAAUUUAAACUAAAGUAUAUGUAUAUAAGUAUACUUGCCUAAAAAAUGAGUCAAUACAUUUUAAACAUUUUUAUUCUUCUUGUUAUUAAUGAAGAUUUUGUUUAUAUAUAUAUAUAGAUCUCAAACAUGUUUUCCAUGAGUUUGAUAACAUUAGAUAGUUAUCAGUCAACUCCAUUGUCAGAAUUAGAUGUAACAUUUUCAGAGUUUCGUGGAACAGAAAUUAAACAUGUUCCUGUCAUCAGAAUAUUUGGAUCUACUCCUUUUGGGAUAAAAACAUGUUUACAUAUACAUGGUGUAUUUCCAUAUAUGUACAUUCCAUGUAUAAUGAAAAAUAAUGUGGACAGUUUUAUGUACAAAUUAGCUGCAGCAAUAGAUUCUGCAAUUAAUAUAUCGUUUGGAUUCACAAUGUCUAAUACUCAACAUGUUUAUAAAAUUCAAAAAGUUUUUGGAAUUCCUCUUUAUGGAUAUCACGAGAAGGAGCAUUUAUUUUUCAAGAUUUAUUUUUAUAAUCCUGCAAUGAUUAAGCGAGCAGCUGAACUGCUACAAAAUGGCACAAUACUUAAUCAAAGUUUCCAACCACAUGAAGCUCAUAUUCCUUUUAUUUUACAAUUCAUGAUAGAUUAUAAUCUUUACGGUAUGAGCCUAAUAAAUUUGAAAUAUGUUAAAUUCAGACAAUCCAUGUACACAGAAUCCAAAGAAAAUGAGAACUUGCUAAGUUUAGCUGAUUCACAAAAAUAUCUUCCUAUAUCUAUUAUUAGACAGAGUACCUGUAAAUUAGAACUAGAUGCACAGGCAACUGAAAUACUCAAUAGAGAAGACAUCCAAAAUGGUUUAGAUUUAAAUCCUGGUAUUGCAGCAAUUUGGAAUGAAGAAAAAAGCAGAAGAGAAGCAAAAGGUUUACAAGAUGCUGGGUCACAAUUAUUAUAUUCAAAUGCUGAUAGCAGAAUUUAUGGUUUAACAGAAAAUGACAUUUAUCAAGAAGAAAAAUUAGUACAGAAACUACAGUUCGUUUCAGAGAUUAAUGACAGCGUUACGCCUAUAACACCUAAAACAGUUAGUUAUCCUUUGGAAGUAGAAAAUGAAGACAGCUUGCUUAGUGCUUCAGAUAUUUUAAAUCAUUUUAAACCAUUGAUAUCAAAUAAGGAAAGUAAGGAAGGAACACUUUUUAAUCAUGAAUUGUUACAGUUUGAGAAAUCUACAGUCGAAGAAACUUUACCUCAAGAUAAAAAUAUAGAAACUAGUACUUUGGAUUCAGAAGAUAUGCAUUUAGUUGAAAUAUUAGCUAAUUUAGCAGAAACAAAUGAAGAAGAAAAGAUUGUAGAUGAUGAUAGUAUGCUAGCUUCUCAGUUUUCUACAUUUACUAAUCAGAUUAAAGAAGAUAGCGAAGAUGAUGAAAUUGAAAACUUAAAUAUCACAAGUUUAGAUUUAGGUAGCCUUAGCUCAUGGAAUUCAGCUGCUGAAGUUUCUAAUCAAAUAAGUACAUCUAAAAUUGAAAAUAAAAAUUUUGAUGAUCAUACGGAAACAGAUUGCAGAAUUGAAAAAAAUGUGAAACGUUCUUUGUCAAUAAAUAUUCCACAGUAUGAUGGUCCAAGCGAUCUGUUUUUAAAAAAUAAAUCUGUUUCAAAGUUCAGUGUACUAGAUACAGUAUUAUUAAAAUAUUUUAAGAUUUGGCAAAACAGAACUCGUGAAUUAAAGAAGAAUCGAACAAAAACAAUGCAAACUAUUAAACAAGGAUUAUUAUCUUAUAAAAACAUGUCAUACAAACAUGCAUUACAUCAUCAAGAUUUAGACGUUUAUGAUAUAGAUGAAAUUGAACAUAAAUUAUCAUUAACUAAUUAUGUUAAUGAAAAACAUAAAGUGUCUCAUGAAAUCAACACUAAUCAAAUUAACUAUGAUAAGAAGUUGCAUUUUAUGAUUAAUAAUAAUCUAGAUAAAUUAAAAAUACCCGCAUUUGAUGGUAAUGUUGAUAGUUCUAGUGAAUCUGACGUAGAUCAAGAUGUUACUAUUGAGGUACAGGAAAAAAAAAUUUGUACUUAUAAAUCAGAUACAAAAUCCAGAAAUGAAAAUAAUGUUCACGAUUCAUUGAAAAAACGAAAAAUUGAAUUUUACAUCUCUGAUGUAGAAUUUUCCCCCAAAAAAGUAAGAAUGUUACAAAAUCCUUCGUCAUUAACAAAAAAAUAUACUCCUCUCAAUGUUAAAAUAAUAUCUCCCAAAAGAGAUAAACGUACUAAUGAAAGGAAUUUUAUAAUAAAUGAACCGUGUAGUUCAAAAUCUGCCUAUAAUACUCCAAAACGGAAAGGAACAGAUAAAAAAUAUCCUACACGUAACACAAGUGGAAAUGCUAAUGAAGUAUUCCUGCUUGACGAUGUCAGUGAUAGUACAGGAACAUAUAAAGUGUCCACUGAUUUGGAAACGGAACAUUACAAUGAUGCAUCGAAAAUAAAAUCUUUAAUACAUACUACUUUUAAAAGUAAUAGAGAGGUUCGUAAAAAAUUAAAUUUUAUGAAUGAAAAAGUAGCUGAUCGUAUAAACGAUGAUAUUGAAGAAAAUCAUUUUGAAAAUUUGCCUUUAACAGAAGCAGUAAUAAAUAAGAUACAUAAAAAUAGUGACUCUCCCAAUAUUUCUGAAAUUUACAACGAAAAUUUGAUAAAAAUCUUGUAUAAAACACAAGAUGGAAAAGUGCAUCAUGAAUAUGAUAUACCAAAUACAUCAAAACAAAGGAUAAAUACGUACGUAGAUGAUUUAAAAAAUGAAACACUGCAAAUAAAUGAAAACGAUGAAGAUGAAGAAGAUAUCUGUAAUAUGACUUACACACAGUAUCUUAAUAGGAAAUUAGAGACUGAAUCAAAUACUCCAACUCCAUUAUCAUUAGAUGUUACGAAAAGGAGAUUAAUUACUAUUAUUACCAAAUUUAAUCCACCGAGCAAAGAAAGAAUUAUAAAUAGUAUGAAACUAUAUGGUUGUUGCAGAUCAAAAUCUGUUGCACCGUUUUUCAGUAAUAAGGUUGAUCUUAUAAAACAGAAAGAAAACUCAAACAAAAUUAAUGAUGUAGUUCCAUUUAAGAGUUAUUUAGAUAGAGUUACGGGUAUUAAGAUCUGGCGUAGAGUGAAAAUAAACGAAUUUUAUCCUUCUGGUUCGAGCAUAAAAUCUUGUAACAUAAAAAGAGUUCUUGCAGGAUACAAUCCAUUAAUUAUUCAUUCUCUUAUUCAUCCACCAACACCAAAAAAUGUUAAAACUUUGUUGCAAGCUAAAAAAUAUUUAUUAAAAAUAGAAAGCAAACAUAAAGUAAUAAAGGAUAGAAGAAUCGAUACAACAGGGAAUCUAGUUAAUGAAACAUGCAUUGAUGAUGCACAUGAAAAAAAGAACUCUCCAAAUUCUCAUAAUUCACAACAUUCAAAUAGAUCUAAUGAUUCUGUCAACUCUUCUUUACGAAAAAUGCUUGAAAAUCCAUUGUUAUAUAAAAAUAUUGCUACCCAACAAUAUUUAGGUAUUUCAUAUGGACAGAUAGAAUAUACUAUGAAAGAUCACAGUGGUAAUGUUGCAGAUGAAAAUCUUAAAAAUGCUCGAGGCUUAACUACGCAUCAAUUUUUAACAAUAUUAUCAGUGGAAGUACAUGUUAUUACACAGGGUAAACUUCUCCCUGAUCCCGAAUAUAAUACAAUUGGAGCAAUUUUUUAUGCUGUUUACGCUGACAUUCCAUCAUCUCCAAAUGUGGAACAAAUAGAACAUGGUGCAAUUCUUAUAAAUUCUUGUAUAAAGAAUGAAAAAGUAAAAAACAUUCAUUCAGCUAGUACUGCAUGUCCUAUAUCAUAUGUUUCGAGUGAAGAAGAUUUAUUAAAUAGUCUUAUACAAUUAGUUAGAUAUUACGACCCAGAUAUUUUAGUUGGUUGGGAAAUAGAAUUUCUUUCAUGGGGUUAUAUCUUUCAUAGAGCUUCUCGUAUUGGAUUUAAUAAUUUCAUGUGGCAAAUUUCAAGGAUUUCAAAUGUUACCCCAAUAUCUAGAGGGCAAAUACCAGACAAAGAUAAUUUAAGUGACACAAAAAUACCAGGACGAAUUAUCUUGGAUGUUUGGAGAAUAAUGCGACAUGAGAUAGCAUUAUUAAAUUAUACAUUUGAAAAUGUUAUGUAUAAUGUUAUGCGUGAAAGAAUUUCUUGUCCUUCCUUUGAAACUUUAACUAAUUGGUGGAAGCAUAAUACUAUAACAGUACAAUGGAGAGUCGUUACUCAUUACGUUAUAAGAGUUGUGGGUACACUAAAAAUGUUGCUACAUCUUGAUAUCAUUGGAAAAACAUGCGAACAUGCACGAUUAAUUGGAAUACAAUUUUAUGAAAUUUUUUCACGAGGCUCUCAGUUUCGAGUUGAGUCCAUGAUGCUGAGACUUGCAAAACCUUUGAAGUACAUUCCCAUUUCACCAUCCAUACAACAAAGAGCUAAAAUGAGAGCACCACAAGCUUUACCGCUUAUUAUGGAACCACAAUCUGUAUUUUAUACUGAUCCAUUAAUUGUUCUUGAUUUUCAAAGCUUAUAUCCAAGCAUUAUAAUUGCUUAUAACUACUGUUUUUCUACAUGUUUAGGUCGUAUAGAGCAUAUUGGCGGUAACGAACCAUUCGAAUUUGGCGCAGCAACAUUAAGAGUGAAAAGAAAUACCAUUAAAAAAUUACAAGGAAAAAUAAAUUUUGCACCUUGUGGUGUAGCUUUUGUAAAACCAGAAGUAAAACUGGGUAUAUUACCACGUAUGCUUACAGAAAUUUUAAAUACGCGAUUAAUGGUAAAACAAUCUAUGAAACUUCAUGGAAGCGAAAAUCAGGCAUUGCAACGUAUGCUUCAUUCACAACAAUUAGGACUUAAAUUAAUUGCAAAUGUUACUUAUGGUUAUACUGCUGCAAAUUUUAGUGGAAGAAUGCCUUGUAUUGAAAUAGGGGACAGUGUUGUUAGUAAAGGAAGAGAAACACUAGAACGAGCAAUUAAAAUAGUGGAAUCUACUUCUAAAUGGGGAGCUCAAGUUGUUUAUGGAGAUACAGAUUCACUAUUUAUUCUUUUGCCUGGAAAAUCUAAAAAAGAUGCUUUUCUUAUUGGAGCUGAAAUUGCUGAUACUGUUACUGCUGCUAAUCCUUCUCCUGUAAAACUAAAAUUUGAAAAAGUUUUACAGCCAUCAAUAUUGCAAACUAAAAAAAGAUAUUGUGGUUAUAUGUAUGAAUUUCCUGAACAAGAGAAACCAGAAUAUUUAGCCAAAGGUAUUGAAACUGUUCGUAGAGAUGGUUGUCCAGCUGUGGCUAAAAUACUUGAAAAAUCAUUAAAAAUUUUAUUCGACACUAAGGAUAUUUCGUUAGUAAAAUUAUAUGUUACUAGACAGUUUGAUAAAAUUUUGCGGCAGAAAAUAUCGAUCCAAGAUUUAACUUUCGCAAAGGAAUUUCGUGGAUUGAGCGGAUACAAAGCCACUGCUUGUGUACCCGCGUUAGAAUUAACACGAAGAUUAAUGCGCAAAGAUCCUCGAGCAAUACCUCGUACUGGUGAACGAGUACGAUAUGUUAUAGUAGCCGGUGCUCCAAAUCAACCACUUAUACACUGUGUACGAACUCCAAUGGAAGUGAUUUUAGAUGAAGGCUUGAAUCCCAAUUCUGUAUAUUAUAUAACAAAAGUUAUUAUACCGCCUAUUAAUCGAUGUUUAAAUUUGAUUGGCAUUGAUGUUAAUACGUGGUAUAGAGAAAUGUCUCACCGACAAACUCCUGACAAAGCAGUCAGCUUGUUUUCCGACAAUCAAAAGUUAACAAUUCGACAAUAUUUUGGUAACGUUAUGUGUGCUAUUUGUGGGGAUCAAACGCAAAAAGACGUUUGUACGAACUGUGUAGGAAAACCGAAUCAGUCAGUUACAAUUCUACAUGAAAAAUUGAGGUGGUUAGAACGCACUUAUCAUGAGCUCACUACAAUAUGUCAAUCAUGUACCAAUUACUUAGGUGAACCAGAAUGUGAAUCUUUAGAUUGUCCGGUUUUAUAUCGUUUAGCUCAAGCUCAAAGAAAUCUUGUUCAAGUACCCUAUUUAAAUCAAAUUAUUUGUAAUAUUGAUAGUUUAUAUACAGAAGAGAGGAAUAUGAAACAAUGAUUUUCAUUUUAAUUUUAUCGAAUCAAGUUUCUACUAAUUUUUAAU